AUAAAUAAAUAGCCUGAGCUAGGAGGAUGUGUAAGUCUCCAUGACAACACCACGUGAUUUAAAAGAAUGGAAAAGGGAGAUAGGGCAGCCUUUUUCAGUGCUGCAGAGCAGCAAGUUAUACUUCAGCGGUUUGAGGACCUAAAACAUAUUUUCAAUCACAAAAAUAAUACAACUGCUGCUGGUAAAGCGAGACAGGCAGCAUGGCAGAAAAUUGCCGAUUCAGUCAACGCGGUUAAUCCAUCUGGAGUAAAACGAAGUUGGCUGCAGGUCAAGGUGAAAUACAAGAACAUGGUACAAACAGCCAAAAAAGCAGAUAGGCGGAAGACCAAGGAAGGCCCACUGCAACCUGUAUUUUCUGCUGCAGAGGACCUGAUGGCUGAAACCCAUAAAUUCUGUUCCACUAUAGACAGUAUCACAGAGGAAACCUCUUCCACAGAACUCGAGUCAACACUCUCCUGCUCAAACUUUGUGAGAGCGCUAGCAAACCACAUGACAUCAGAGGAGAUCACAGCAGAAUCUGGGUCCGAAGUGUCAUCGAAUAAUGUACCAGUCGUAUACAUUGACAAUGCAGAAGAAAUCACGUCAGAUUCCUCUAUACAUGAGGGUCCAGGCAUAAACGAGACCACACGUGAGGCCACACCAUCCACCUCUAAAACAUGGGACAGAGAGGGGGACAAACCAAGAAAGCCCUCAAAUGUCAAAGUGAAGGACUUGUAUAUGAAAUACUUGCAACAGGAGAUUGACUACAGGAGAUUAAAGAUGCAAAAGAUGUCCUUGGAGAUGAAAUUACUUGAGAAACAAUUAAAUGUAAGUUCCACUUGAGAAACAAUGAAAUGUAAGUUCCACAACUUAAUGUUUACAAGAUGUCAUGUAUGUCACACAAGCAGCAUCAUCUUAGUAGAAUUGUAGGACAGUUAAAUAAACAAUCAACUUAGAACUUUCGCAUAAACAAAGUCAAACUUGGUGGUAAAAGGCCCAGGAUUGGGGAAAACUAACAGGAUAGCUGUUCAGAAUGUAAAUUAACCUAAAACCAUCCACAUCACUUCAACAACCAGUUGUCAUAUUUCUAAUUUAACCAAUUUUGGACUUAUUCUUCAUGAAAUUUCUUUCAACCUUCGCUCAUGUUUACAUGUUUCUCUUUUCUUCGCAGUCAUGAACGGAAAUGAAUCAUGCUUAUGUACAGUUAUUGCAAUCUUUCAGUUUUACUUUUUGAAUAAAUGUUCCUCCCCCCCAAAA